AUGGCACCACUGUCGAGCAAGAACUUGCAUACUACAAGGCACAAUACGAACAANCUGGAAGUUGAAUUGCAGGAGUUUCAACAGUCUAGUAGAGAGCUUGAGGCCGAGCUCGAGAAGGAUGUCGAGGCAUCCGAGAAGAGAGAGCGAAAGCUGAAAGAACGGGUCGAAAGUCUAGGCUUCGAGGUCGAAGAAUGGAAGACCAAGUACAAACAAUCGAAGGCCGAGGGGAAUUCGGCGCAAACCAAACUACAGAAAGAGAUCACAACCAUGCGCGAGACCAACCGCGCGCUACAGUUGAAACUUAGGGACAUCGAAGUGGACAACGACGACUACGAGCGCCAGGCUCGCAACACAACUUCAUCGCUAGAAGAGCUCGAAACCAAGUACAAUGUCGCAAUCGAGAGAGGCGUUCUCAUGGAGGAGGAAAUGCGCGCCGGCGAGCAGGAACGAGAAGACUUGCGCAUCCAGACACAACGACUCCGUGAUGAGUUGUCGGACCUUCGCAUCGAGGCAGACAUCACUCAAGAGAAGCUACGCCUGUCCGAAUCAGGUUCCCGCCGCUACCGCGACCUGACGCCUGUACGACGCCCGUCUGCACUCCACGCCCGCUCGCCCACGUCGUCGCGCACUGCUGCCUCGUCGCCUACCGUCUCCACCCCUCCGCCAGUCAGAUCCGAAAUGUCUACUCUCUCAGACACUCCCACACCACCAUCUCCGCCCCUUUCAGAUGCAUCUGGGAACCCAAUGUCCAAGAUGCUUCCUCCUCCAAGGAAGAACNCCCUCGUACCAGAAUCGACUUCGACUCCUCGCGCCAGUCUCAACGUGAAUACCGUCAGACCUGCUCGCCAUUCACGUGGUCCAUCAUAUGCGACUAGCACAACUCCUUCAGGAAAACGACGCACAACUCUGCAAUCACGACCUAGCGUUGGCUCAGAAGGCGUUCCAAGAUCAAGUUCCCUGUAUCAGAUCAAGGGCUUGAUCGGCAGAAUGCAGAAAAUCGAAGAGAGAGUACACUCGGUUCGUUCAAAGUUGCCGCCCACGAGUGCAAAUACUCCGAGAGCAGCAGUCACACCGAAAGGAUCGCCUCGGAUCGGCGCGCUCGCCGGUGGCUCAUUCAUGCCCAAUAGUAUUACUGUUAGAAACAGGACCAAUCGCACAAGCAACAGCACAAGCUCAUCCACAAGGCAGGAAGAUAGCAAGUUACCUCCGCCAACACCUAGAUCGACGAGCACGAGUCUACACGUGAAGCACUUGUCACUUGGCGGUCAGCGACCACAUCCACUGGAAAGAUCCAGUACAUCCAUCACAUCAACAUCUACAGCCACCCGAGAGUCUAGCCGCNCCAAGCAGCCGGGCCAACAACGUGGGGAGACUGGAUCGUUCGCUCGACCACCCUCGCGAUCGGCUAAUGCACCAUAUGGUCAAUCACAAACUUCGGUCCUCCCUUCAAGGCCUCGCACUUCGAUGGGAGGAACUUUCGCAUCAUCACAGCGCAACCGGGUGCACCGUCAGUCUAACAGUGUGUCUGAGGCAAGAGAUGCCGAAGAAGUAGUCACACCUACAAUCAAGAGAACAGUAACAGCAAUUGGCGGGAGUGGGAUUCCAACACCAGGUUUGAAACGGCAAAGUGGAACAGGCUUCGGACACAGCGUUUCUGGCCGCCGGUCAAGCCUUGCGCCAAGUCGUCAAUCAGAACACUCCUAUGAUGGUGCGGCGUCUGACAAGUCAUCUCGAAAGCUGAGCGACUUGGGAGAAACAUUCUAG